AUGGCUGCCAACACCGACUCCUUUUUUCUCGCCCUCUGUUAUUUCCAGGCUCGCUCUCCCGUCACCACUCUAACUCUUCUAUCAGCUCUCAGUUUCCUCACUACUUCUACACAAAUCACACAAUAUAUCUUACUUUCAAAUCCUGAUCCUUCCUUCACGAUGGCCCUCACUAUUGUAGUCCCCGACGAGUACGGCCACGUCCUUGUCGCUAUUGCCUGUACCUUCUUCGUCAACAUCUACCACGGUUUCGUCACCGGCCACCACCGCAAGGCCAGUGGUGUCCUGUACCCAAACGCCUAUGCUAGCGAUGAACUGGCCAAGAAGGACCCCAAGGUCUACAAGUUCAACUGCGCCCAGAGGUGUCACAGCAAUUUCCUCGAGAACUACGUCAGCGUUCUCCCUGCUCUCCUCAUCUCCGGACUCCGCUUCCCCAUCACCUCGGCCAUCCUCGGAGUCAUCUGGUGUGUGGGACGUGUCAUAUACACCAUGGGCUAUACCAGCGACUCCGGUCCCAAGGGGAGGCUCACCGGGGGCGGCAUCUCUCACAUCGGAGAUGUUGGUUUGUACGUCCUCUGCACAUACACUGCCGUCAUGACCGCUCUGAGGAUGUAG